AUGCCCGAGCCACCUCACCUCGGGAAGGGGACGCGGCCCGCCCGCUCUCCGCUCCUCUCCCCACGAGGAGGCCCGUGUGGAGCCGUUGCCCAGCUGGGGACAAGGGUGUCUGUCUUUGGACACCGUUCCGGGGGCCUCAGCAGAUCGGAGCCGCAGGGUGGGGCCGGGAGUGGACAUCUCACGCCUCUGUCUCAGCCCCUCAUCUGUCCUGAGGGGAUGACCGGUCCCCGCAGCUGGCGGCUGGAAAGGGGACCAGCACCCCUUCCCUGGGCUGAUCAUGGCGCCGCGGUAGCCCCUGCUUCCGAGGGUCUCCAAGCUCCCGACGGCGGCCUUGACCUCCUUGGCUUCCUCGUGGCUGAGCCCAGGCUUGGGGGCAGCACUCAGAUGCAGCGGGAGCGCAGCCCUAGAGCAGCAUCCUCCCCCCACCCCGCGUGA